GCUAGAUUUCUAACACGAGGCAAUAAUUUAUGACCCAUUCCAGCCCGUCAUACGGUAAAGCUUCCUGAUGUUGCGCUUGCUACUAGUGGGUGAGAAGUUCCAGCUGCACACCGUGCCGCACAAAGAACCUCCUACAGGCUAAUUUUGUAUCCUAACAAAGACGCUUCCGUCUCGAAGGUGAUAACAUAUAAAAUAACGAUGACGUCGCUGAUUUGCGUUGAUUUUCUGCUAAACUCGUACAAAUCACAUCAGCCGACCGAAAGCUUCCCGCUACCCAGAGGGUAAGAUGCCGAAUGUUGGAAAAUCCACUCGGAAACACUUUUUGCGCAACCCAAUCGUUGUUCGGCUUCGGCAGUCCGACCGCAAUCGAAACACCCUACACCGAGAAUGGUCGUAGAGUUUCGGUUACCAUAGUGCACCAGAAACACACAACAAACAACGGCGCUAUUUUGUGCCAGCAAGAGUUUGUGAAAAUUCCAUUAUCAGUUAGUAACGAAUGUUUCAUGGUGCCGACCACCGACCAAAGUUAGAAACGGAUCGGGAAUAAAUUGCAGCGCUAGGCAUCUUCCAAGGAUACUUCUGCACGAGACUGCUCUGUAACAGCUACGAGCCGAGGGAAAAAGGUUCGCCAGAUAGUUUCAGGUCAUCCUGCUUUACCUUCAAACGUGAAAAACGAUGUCAUCCGAUACGAUGUACGGCAUGGAAAGCUUGCACUGAAUGUACCGCUCUGUUCGUGAAUGGCGAACUUCGAAUCCUCCGGGUUGUUCUAGAUUUGCCGUGCCGAGCGCGUCGUCAUCCACACCCCGCUGCAAACCCGUCAGCCAUGUCCGGGCAGCACGGUCGUUCAGUGUUUGUCAAUUCCUGCAUCAAAAAACCGCUCAGCCCAUCCAGCAAGCGUCCCAACCCAUCGUUUCUUGUACCGCAGUGCAGCUUAGACCGUGGCUUGCAGGAUCCCCGUGCACAGCAAGCCAUGAGUACGAUCACGCGCAAAAAGGCGUCGAUCAAGUGUCCGCUGGCACGCAAUGGACAGUACCGGCGCUCCAAGUGUUGCUCCUUGACACACCAGCUGCGCAAGGAAACGGACAGCUUUCAAACGAUGGUACAGUUCUACGACAGCAUUCCGGACUACAACGAGCUGCUGCACUUGCCACGGGAAGAGUUUUACUGUCGGCUAAACACGCUCAAGAAGAAGCAGAAGGAACUGAAGUCCACCUGUUUCCUGGGUGAGCAUGAUAAAACGAUGUGUCCACUGUCGCCCGAACCUGGCGCCUAUUCUAGACGGCACGAAGCUCGAGAGUCAAACAAACACAGCUAUCAGAAUGCCAGCGAAAGUAGUCACCCCAAUGGUGGUGAUGGUGUGCAAGAAACCGAACGUAGCGAUCAAGCGACGGAGGACGGAGAUUCGUUGCACUCCUGGAGUAAAUCUCCGCCAACCGUGGUGGACGCAACGCACGAUUGCGUUCCCAGCAAAUCCAUCGACACAGCACGGAAAGGGUCUGCCAAAUCGGUACGGAUCGAAAGCACCAAGGAAAAUGGGGUGCAAGAAGAGCUCGGUCAGAGUAGCCAAAAGUAUCGAUCGGGCACACCGUACGUUUCCGAUCCGGACGAAAGCACCACGACCACAAAACACGCAUCAUCUUCAUGUGCGACGCCAGCCAAUUCGGACUUUGUAGAGCGCUAUGAUCGGUACGUGAAGCGUAGCCUGCGCUGUAAAUCGGCCAGCCCGAUACGUAACCUUGCCAAUGUCACCAUUCCGCAGCCUUACAAGAUGACGCAGCGGGAGGAGGAACAGCGCACCCUGCAAGAGCUGCUGCUGGCAAGCAAAAGUGCAUUUCCCUCCAAGGAAGCGUUGGCAGAGUCAACACCCAAACAAUCGACGCAGUUUCGAGCCAACCCCGUUCCAAUAACUUCCCGAAUACCGCUCUUUAAUACCAUUAUGGCAGAUCAGGAAAAUCGGAGCCGAUUAGCUAAGCUAAACUCCGAGAUCGAGCUACAAGCCCAGAUCAAACCGUUCCAUUUCUCCGAGCGGCUUAAUCGAGGCCACAGUCGCUGCCUGAGCCGAAGCUUGUCCUCACCAGCAUUGCUCAGCACGGGCUACGAGUCGGGAGCGGACGGUUUACGGAACAAAUCUCGUACCUUCAAAGCAAAACCAUGCCCCAAGAAAUUGUUCAGCAGCUACUUUCACACCAAAGCCUGGGAGGACGAAUACUUUCGGCAUCUGAACAAACGGUUGCGGGCAGAGGAAAUGUUGAAGCAAGCGGCACUGCCACCAUCGAUGGCCCGACGUGAGCGAAACGAGCGCAAGAAAUCCCCCGCCCGACACUCGACGGAAGAUACGGGCAAGGAACGGCCAGGCUCGAACGGUGGCAAAAUGUCGAAGCGUAAGCGUAAACCACGCAAAUCCUUGAAGCGCAGGAAGAGUGUGGAGCAAAAGUGUGCCGAAUAUUUUACAUCCGUAAACGAUCCGACCAGGCUUCCUUAUCCGACCAGCAACUCCAGUUGCAGUAACAGUACGGACAACAAUCGAGGAUCCGGAGAUACACCGGCACCGAUCUAUCCGGUCAACCGACCGAACCUGGCAGCCACACUUCGUACGGAAUGGUGUCGCAAGAAGCUGCGAGACAUGGAGCUCGACGAAACUGUGACGGAAAAGAAGAAAACUCCGCGUUUCCGAUGGGGCGUUAAAAAAUCGCAAGCUUUCCAAAAUUUAAAUCUCGAUCAUACCCAUGAAGAGGAGCUCAACCUUCGUCUCGCAACGAGACGCGCGGAACAGCGACUACGGCAGGAAGAGCAUGCGAUCAACAUGGAGCUCAUGAGACAGCGAGUAAAGGCGGCCCCGCUACUACUGGAAGGUCCUCCCCAGUGGGGUCCACGGCUCGGCCACGUGGCUCAUCGUUGCUCCAGCUUAAAUCGCGAAUCCGAGGCAGCUCUCUUCCGCAAACCGGAUAAAGUGAGCAAAACGAUUGCUCAGAAGGUAACAGCCGGUGGCAAUGCUGGAACUGGGCACCCGGGGAACAAAAAAUGUGACUCCCCUGCGACAACGUCCACCGCCAGCACUGGCAGUAACGAUCGGAUGACGAACCAGGAACAUCGGCACCGAACGGUAGAAAAGCGACGCAAUGCCGGUAACGGGAGUAAGCUCAGUACCUACUCCUUUGAUUCUGCUGGCAAGCUAAGCUAUAAAGCGUGUGACAGCGAGCUGUUGAGUCUGUCAGAUGUGUAAAACGAUGGGGUAGAUUUAAGGAUUCCAAUACACAAUCAGAGGUAGUGUUUCGAUGGUAACGAUCAUCUCUUGUGAGCAGGCUUUAUUUCGUACAUUUAAGCGAUUCCGGCCCCUUUAACAGUUGUGUGCGAUUUCCCAUCGUUUUCUUAGCACUAGAGGUACACUAUUAUUGUUUUUUGUAAACAAUUACAAAUAAACAUAUGCAAAAUUACA